AUGUUUCGUGUGACCUCUGUGAUGCUUAGAUCUAAAUCAGAGAGCCCAGCAUCUCCUUCUGUGUUUUCUCUGAUGUCCUGCUGCAAUUUCAACAAUGGGGGCCACGAGGAAGACAUAAGCUUAGCCUGCCUCCUUAAAGAAAAUUUUCCAGGCUCUGCAACAAUCACGUGGGAACCUAACGGUCCAGCAAAAAAGUACCCAGGAGAACUCCGCAAAGGAAGCAACAAGGUCUUCAGCAUAAGUCAGCUCUCAGUCAGUCCUUCAGACUUUAAGGCAAAACCGUAUAAGUGCCUUGUACAGCCCAAGACAGGAAGAGAUCCCAUCUCAGCAACCUUCGACUACAAACAUUGCAUUAGCGAACCUCCGAAGCCAGUCCAGGUUCAGAUCUUAACCCCCAACUGCGGCGAACAGGCCACAGAGAGCAGCCUAGAGCUGGUGUGCUUCCUCCGGAGCCUUGGCCCCGGGAAAGCCACUGUGGAAUGGCUGAAGAAUGGAGAAGGGGAGCAAGGCAAAGUAGAAGCAACACUGAGAAGGGACCAGGAGAAAAGCCAUGGCUACUCCAGCUUUGUCCAACGGAACGUCAGCAAACAGAGCUGGGACAAAGGGGACGUCUACACGUGUAAAGUGAGCCGCCCACCAAGCAGCCAGAACGUGGCAAUGUACAACACCAGCAACUGCCAUGCUUGCUACGAUUCUAGGCGACAACCUACCAUCUCCAUCAUCAACCCAUCCUACAGAGACCUACUUGAGGGGACGGCGAGCAUCACAUGCUUUGUAACUGGCUCCAACCUUGAAAAUGUCCAAGUAACCUGGGAUGUGAAUGGCAGGCCCAGCACUGGGGGUCAGGCAGAAAUGGGGAAGAAGGCCGCCGAAGGAAUCCAGACCAUGAAACACACCUUCCCAGUAUCUUUGGAACAAUGGAGAAAGGGCACCAGUUUCACCUGCAAAGUAGCUGGAAGUUGCUAUAAAGAACUCACCAAAGGAGUAACAAUCCAAAAGGAUGCACAAACCAUGAAGCCCUCCAUUACCAUUUCUCGAGCCAACCUUGACAUCUCAGCCAACAGUACAAAAGCCCUAAUUCUUGUCUGCGAUGUGAGUGGGUUUUCCCCAGAGGAAAUUAGCAUCUCAUGGAAGAAGGACAACCUACCCCUAAACGCAGCACUGUAUGACAACGGGCCUGUGACACCAGACGGGAAUGCGCACGCCACUUACAGCAUCCUGAAAAUUGGCAGAGAUGCAGCAGGAGGGAAGGGUGGCAGCUACAGCUGCGUGGUCCACCACUCCUCCUCCGACAAGCCACUCAGUGCCAGUGAAAAGGUACCCUUUGACCAGCCUCAAGUGCCUACUGUUGAACUCCUGCAGUCAAUAGAUCAGGAAAAGAAAACAGUAACGCUGGAAUGCAUCGCCUCUAACUACAGACCCCAAAAUGUGAUCAUUGAGUGGAAGGGUGGCCCACAAAACAAGAACAAAACAUUUAUGGAACAGAAGAUGGCAGACAGGACAUACAGAGCCAGCAAUCAAUUGAAUAUCUCCAUCUCCCAAUGGCAAGAAGGGGAGAUCAACACAUGUGAGGUGAUGCACCUGGAAACAAAUUCAACGAUUGUCCGGCGCAUCUCUAGAAAAGGCCUGGGAAACAAGGGUGAUAUCACUUUACUCUGUUCCAUCCAUGGCUACUUCCUAGAGAGCAUCGAAGUCACCUGGGAGAAAGGUGGAAAGGCUCAAUCCAGACCAGGAUCCAAGCCAGAAACCUUUCAGCAGAGUGGUGGCCAGUUCUACACCAGCCAGAACCUGACCGUGCCUCUGAAGGAAUGGAACAAUCUACAAGAGUAUACCUGCAAGGUGACCCAACCUGAUACAAAAGACAUCCAGACAAGCAGUAUCAGCAAGUGCACAGCAUGUAAAAAGAGCAUCCCACCCCCCAGCCUCUACCUCUUGAAGCCUCCGCUCGAGAGACUACUCGUUCAAAGGGAAGCCCUCCUGACUUGCCUAGUGGUAGGAUAUGAGCUGGACCAUGUCAUGCUCACCUGGAUGAUGAAUGGCAGCAACCACACCGGGAGUGCCAUAAAAGCAAAUAUCACAACCCACACAAACCAGACCCAGAGUUUGCAAAGCCAGCUGGUCAUCCCCAGACAGGACUGGGAUACUGGCAGCACAGUCCAGUGUCUAAUUUCUCAUCCUUGCACACUCUUCCCAGACAUGAAGCGAAGCAUCCAGAAAAACAAUGAUUCCAACCAUGUCAAAGCUCCGUCUCUCAACUUGGUCAUUCCAUCGCCAACACAACUGAUGCAACCUUCCUCCCAAGCUGUAGCUUGGUUAGCUUGUGAGGUCUCUGGAUUCUCCCCAGCUGAAAUAUUCAUCAGGUGGAAGAACAACAGCAGAAACAUUGACAUCUCUGAAUAUAUCACAGGGCCCCCAAUAGGCAAAGUGGGAAGCCCCACUUUUAGCAUCCAAAGCAUCCUGAAAGUCCCAGCAUCUGAAUGGGAAAGCAGAGCUCUAUAUACCUGUGUGGUGGGGCAUGAGUCCUUGACUCACAUGGAAAACAUCAGUAAACAUUUAUAUAAUUUUCUGGAACCAGCUCGCCCACAAGUGACAGUAUUCCACACCUCAGAAGAUGGGGGACACCAGAAACUUGUUUGCUUUGUGACCAACUUCUAUCCCCAAAAUAUAGACAUUCUAUGGAUCACCAAAGGACACAGUCUAAACUGCAGUACUGACUCUGCAGCUCUGGUGCCCCUUGGCAAUGGGAAGUUCCAGAAGAGCUGCAGUUGGGUACUCAGCGAAGAGGAAUGGAGCAAGCCAGAAAUCUAUACAUGCACUGUCAAUCACAGCUCAACCAACAUCUUGAUUAAGAAGGACUUGCAUUAUUCUGGAAUGGUCCCAUCUCUUAACAAGAAGACAGCUAUCAAAAUACAGCUGCCACCCUUCGAAGAGCUCUUUAUAAACAAAAGUGCAGCUCUAACCUGCAUGAUGCCCCUUGUGAAUACAACCACAAAUUCAACAGUCAGCUGGACAAUGGAUGGAGAACCUGCCAACAUAAAUACUGUGACUACCAAAAUCUUGAACAAAACCAACAGCACUUCUUGGAUCUAUGGCCAACUGCAUGUGAAUCUAACGGAAUGGAAAUCCACUAUAAAGUUUACCUGUAGCAUCUAUAAUGGUCUAAGAGAAACCAAACAGCACUAUGAGCGAAGGAAUGGCACAAUGAAGUCCCCAAAAGUCUACCUCCAGCACCAGUCCUCCAAUGAAGACCUAAAUGUAACCCUACUCUGCAUAGUCAGAGACUUCUACCCAGGAGAGCUCUUUGUGAAGUGGGAAGAGGAGAACAAAGAAAUGUCAUGGAAGGGUUAUGAUGCCCAUAGUUUGAAAUGUGAUCAUGAAAAACAAAGAUGUUCCUUAGUGAGCACACUUGAAGUCCCCACAAGCAAGUGGAUGAUGGGAGUCUCUUACUCAUGCCUUGUAGCCCAUGUCUCCUCUGAAAACAUCAUAAUCAGAAGAACCAAUUCCCUUUCUGAUUCCUGGGACUGUGCCGUGAUGGGGGUUGCCGUGUGUGACAUCCGCAAUGAAAAUGAAGAUGAGUACAGUGAACUGAAGGAGGCCAACAGUGUCUGGAACAAAGUUUCCACUUUCAUGGUUCUCUUCACUGUUGCAGUCUUCUACGGGGGCCUUGUCACUUUCAUCAAGGUGAAAUAACCAGCAUUUUUUCAUCACAAUGAAGAAUAUUCAGAAUAAGAUCCUACCAUUUUCUCUCUGUUAUCCAUUUCUCUCAGACUUCCUUCCUUAUAAUUUUUUCUGCUACAUUUGCCAUGGCUCUGAAGGGAGGAUACAACAAAGCAUUCAUGUCAGAAAGCAUUGUCUUCAGUGUUACCUAGUUUGCCUUCGCAGCUUUUACAGCAAUCGACAGGGACACUAUUGCUUCAUAUGCUAAAGAUGGUCAACCAGCCACUGAAGGAAGUGACCCCAGGUUACAUGAACAAUAUCCCAAAGGUCACAAAUACUAAACAACUUGCUAUGGAGCCACAAUGACCAGACUGCAAGCGCAUGGAAACCGAGUUAGAAAGAGGAAGCCUGACAUUGCCAACAACAGGGAGCCCAGCCACAAUGAAAUAAAUAAUAAACAAAAAAAUAGCACAUCGAUCAUCCACAAGUAACAAAAUGAAUGAUUUCUCUUCCAACUCCAACAACUGAAGGACUGGGGGAAACUGUGGAUUUGAGCAUGGACCUUCCAAAUUGGUGCAAAGCGCCAAAGUUAAUUCAUUGUUGUGCCAUCUGAACUAAAUGCUCUAAAAUCCCUUGGGUUGUUGUUUCCUCAGUGGCAGCAUCACUGCAGGUUCUAGGAAAGUUUCCAUGUUACCAAUCUGUAACCCAGAGAACAAGUAUUUACUUUUAAGCAUUAUCAAUAUAGUAGGAGAUGAGUAACAGUAGAUGUUUUUGCUUUCCAAACAGUGCGUUUUUCCGCACUUUCCUCCUACUUGCAAUAGAGCACAGGACUGAUGAAGUUUUAGUCAGAGUAGAUGCACUGAAAUUAACGGACCCAAGUUCAUCAUGUCCAUUAUUUUUAACCAGGUCUACUCUGAGUAGGAUUAGCAUUGGAUACAACCUCACAUUUGCCCUCCUAUAAUCAAGUGAGAAAGGCUUUACAAAAGGAUCAUGAUCAUAAGGGGCAGGAGCAGGUAUAACCAGCUGGUCCCUUGCUUUAUCACUGUGUUUAAAGAGAGGGCCCUGAUAGGCAAAGAUUUUUCAUGGAUGGCACCAAGAGCCCGCCCUUUCUAAGGCCUACUGAUUUCAACUGGAGAGAGUUCUCAGCAUGUUUAAAUCUCUAUCAGCCAAACCAAUGAGGUUCUCGAUCACGCCCAAUUUACUUGCUUAGUGCACAACAUCAGUCCAUGUUUCCCUGUGUGGUGCUCAAUUACUUUUCAAGGUUGCAUUAUUUUCAUUUUCAAGUGUAUUGAAACUUUACAUCCUAUCAUAUUUGCAUUACAGUGUUCUCUAUUGCUGCUUUUUGGUUCAGGGACAAUUAAAACCUGAGUUUUCCAAGGCUUACAGUCCAGCUAAAAAGAGAUUUUGUCCUACUAUUGAUCAGCCAUUUGGUGCUUUCAGUGCUAAUCAGCUGCUUAGCAUGGUCAUAGCUAACCAUUUACCUUUAAUAAGCACUUUGCCCCAGAGAACGAAUUAGGGCAGAGAAUUAAUGAUAAUGAUUUAGCUAGAGUUUUCAAUGAUAAUCAGCUGUUAAAGUUCAUAGGAUUAAAUAUUUGUUCUCCUGAAACUAUAAUUGUUGAAAACAUAUGUGGUGCCUGUUCAUUAACCAAGGUUCUGGUGUUUGUUUUAUCAUGAUGGAGCACACAUAAGCAUUAUGAUUUAUUGUAUUUGAUUGUAGUAUACUAAACUGCAUAGCACUGCACAGACAUCGCACUGAGAUCAGACUACCACCCUCUCCUACCUUUGGCCAUUAUGUGUUGCUAUAAAAUUAUAUAAGAAUGAUGGAUUGUAUUGCACACUGUUGCAUUGUACCAAUUUGCAUUGACUGAUAGAAUGAACCUAAAGAUGUCCCAUAUAAAUGUUAUACUAUAUUAUUUUUAGGUUAGUUGCUUAAGUUUGCCUUGAUUAAUUGCUGUCCUCAUAUAGAUUCUGAUUGCAGUCCUUCUGCCAUGCAUGUUGUUGCCCUCCAUUAUAUAGCUUUUCAUGUUAACUUGAUCUAUCAAACCUCAACUGCUACAUAAACUUCUUUUUUUCCAAUA